AUGUGGAAGCCCGUGGUCUUCGGCGUCGUCGCCAUCCUCGCGACGCCGCUGCUCGUGCUCUGGGGCGCCGUCGGCUGGGUCCUCACGCGCCCACCACUUGCGGCAGCGACGACGUCUGUUGCAGCCGUCCUGGCGCUGGCCAUCGCAGCUUACGUCGACGACGCGACCAUGCUCUUUGACGUCCCCGCCGUCCUCGCCGUCGUGCUGGGCCUCUUUAUGACGCUGCCAAAGAAGACGCUGUACGACUGGCCGCUUCUGAUUGCGUUUCUGUCGUUCGCCAUCGCGCGCCGCGUGUGCCUUCCGACGCCGCCGACGUCGCUGCCCAAUUGGAUCACAGUGAUCAGCUGCGUGGGCCUCAUCUGGGGCUACACCACAACGCGGAAACUCUGGGUCUCAGCCAACCUCGAGACGCUCACGGUGAUCGAAGACCGCCUGUACAAGGCGCACAUCAUGGCCGAGUACACCAUGCUGAAAGUUGGUGGCCUUGGCACCGUCCACGUCCCGUACUGCGGCGAGAAGCGCGACGAAAGCCGGUUGCCGCCGCUCAACCUCGUCUUGGUCCAUGGCUACGCCGCCGGCAACGCGUUUUGGGCCACGAAUUUACAAACGUUGGCCAAGCACUACAACGUCUAUGCGGUGGAGUGGCUUGGCAUUGGCCGGUCGGACCGACCCGACCCCAAGUUUGCAUCGUACGAUGAAGCCGACGCCUUCUUUGUCGAUGCGAUCGAGCGCUGGCGCAAGGAGAUGCAGCUCGACCAAUUUGUGCUGGCGGGCCAUUCGAUGGGCGGCAUCUUUGUGACGCAUUACGCCGUCAAGUACCCCGAACGCGUCGAGCAACUCGUCUUGAUCUCACCGGCGGGCGUCGGGUAUCCGCCCAAAGAUGCGUCCGAGCCGCGCUCGUACUUCUUCCGCAUCGUGCGCAUGGGCUGGCGCGCUGAGAUGACACCCAUGGCCAUUGUGCGUUAUCUUGGUCCGUUUGGCCCGAAGCUCGUGAGCUGGAUCUUGCAGCGCCGCAUGAGUUGGCUUCCCGACACGAGUGUGCUCAAGAGCGGGAUCCUUGACCCUGCACUCAUUGCGGACUACAUGUACCACAACUGGGCCCUGAAAAAGUCGGGCGACGUGGCCAUGAACACGCACCUCUUGCCGGGCGCCUUUGGCAAGCGUGCGCUCCGGGACGACCUGCUUCCGGGGCAAAUCAAGAUGCCCGUGACCUUUCUGUAUGGCGGUGGAUCGGACUGGAUGGACUAUAACCACGGCCAAGACGUUGUCGACCGACUCAAGACCACGCAGUACGCAUCUCUGCGCAAGGUGCCCCUCGCCGGCCACCAAGUGUUUAUGGACAACGCCGCUGCCUUCAAUACGAUGCUCAUUGACGCCAUCACCGACGGUCUGGAGCUGCGUUCGUUCCGCACAGAAGCGUACUAGCCUAAAACAAAGUUCCCAGUUCAACGCAUA